AUGGGUGGAGCAAAAUACACCUACAUUUCGGAUAGAGGCGAUAAACUAAGCAAGCUAGACAGGUUUCUUGUGUGCAUUGGGUUUCUAGAACAAUGGCCGGGAGCAGCCCUUACGGCAUUGGAAAGACGAUAUUCUGAUCACAGACCGCUCCUUCUAUCUACUACUCCUAUGGAUUUCGGGCAUGUCCCAUUUAGAUUCUAUAAUUCUUGGCUGGAAAUGAAUGGAUUCAUGGAGUUUGUGAAUGGAAAAUGUAGUCAGUUUGUCUUUAAUGGACCUGCAGAUCUUGGCCUCGCUACGAAGCUCCGGUGGUUAAAAAAUAGGAUAAAAGAGUGGGUUUCUGCGGAAAAAAAGAAAACGGAUGGGUUAUAUAAUUGUUGGAAAUCAAAGGUAGCGGAGUUAGAACUUUUGGCGGAAGAAAGAUCGCUCCAGCAGUUUGAAUUGGAUCAGCGAUUAGAUCUCAGGCAAUUAAUGGCAGAGGUGGAUAAACAAAAGAUAGCGGACACAAGACAAAAAUCUCGAGCAAGGUGGGCAGUAGAUGGUGACGAAAAUUCGAGCUUCUUCCACUUUAUUGUAAAUGCUAAUAUAAGCUCUAAUCGUAUAAAUGGAAUUCUUGAUGGCGAUGAAUGGAUUACUAACCCGAUUGUCAUUAAACAAAAGUUCCAGGAUUUUUUCGCUUAA